UGGACUACCAUUGGCACAACCAAGACUGUACCGGUUACGAUCACUACCAUUUGCACAACCGAGACCUUGCCUGUGACACCCACGACCAUUGGCAUAACCGAAACUAUAUCAAUCACGGCCACGUCCGUUGGCGGAAGUCAGUCUGCUCCGGUCACAUCUGCUAUCACUGUUCCUACUGGAGCUAGUCCAUCGUACGCUAAACCUUCCUCGUCCGCGCUUCCCAGCCCAAAUGCAUGUUUAAGCGUGUCAAAGCUGGUUGCAUCGGUCGCAUCCGCUUCGCCUAAAGCUACACCAACUGUCCCAGCUGAACUUGCUUAUGACUGCCUUCAUUCCAUCCCCUUUAAUCAGAGUGCUGCUUCUGAUUUGUUGGAGUCGAUGAGACCCUAUCUCAAAUGGCAAACAACCAUUUCCUAUCUCAAGGACCCUCCCAAGGACUAUGCAGACAAGGUCCAGCCACCAUACGACUUCUGGGGUGUUUUUGAUGGCAUCGAGGCAAAAGUCACCGCCGGAACUUAUGCCAGCGAAUACGCUUUCGGAUAUGAUCUUUACGAGGCUUUCCAACAAGCACAUGACGGUCACUUUGGCUUCACACCUGACAGUGUUGGAAGCAUCUUCACCUUUGGAAGAACUGUGUCUCUUGCCUCUGUCUCUGAGGACGGUAAGAGUCUGCCGGUCAUCUACGCAUAUGGCGAUAUUCUCGCUGCAUCAUUCGGCAACGCAUCUUUCACACCAUCUCCAAUCGUCGAAAUCGAUGGACAGAACGCUACUGAAUACCUACUCAACUGGUCGCAAUUUGGCUCUCUCCAAGACAGGGAUGCUCUUUGGAAUAACCUUUUCUACAUCCCUGCGCAAGUAUCACUUGGAACAUCUGGUACUGGUACCGGUACGUUCUCCGGAAGCGGUCGUGGCCGUUAUGCCUAUCCUGGAGCAACAACCACAUUCGUGUUCGCGAACGGCUCUACUGUGAACAACCAGAAUUUUGCCAGAGUGUUAGCCAACUUCGCCAAUAUCACAUCCGGAGCAGACAUUUACAGAGAGUUCUUCGCUGUCCCCGAGGAUGCCUAUGAAAAUGCUCUGGAUCUUGCUGUGUCCACUACCAGCAGUGCAACUAGUUCUGCCACCGGUAAUGCUACAUCGUCUACCUCGUCUACAUCAACAACUUCGACCCCUGCUCCGGGUUACCCAUCACCUAUCGUGCGUCAAUCCAACAAUCUCAAUGGAGGCUACUUCCUGGACCAACCUGGUUUCGAGGAUGUCGCUGUUCUGUCUGUUCCCUCCUUCGUAGGUAGUGGCGAUGUGGAGGAGGAGUUUCAGAACGUCAAUAGCGAAUUGAUCGCUGCUGCUCUGGCCGCGAACAAGACUAAGCUGAUCAUUGACGUCUCGGCCAAUGGUGGUGGUACUAUUCUGCAAGGUUAUGACCUCUUUAAGCAGCUUUUCCCCUCUAUUCUGCCGUAUGGAGCCACUCGUUUCCGAGCUCAUGAAGCCUUCGACAUUCUGGGUCAGGAGUAUUCUGCUAUUGCUGCAGACUACCCACGAAACUUGAACCAAACUGACGAUAUCCUCGACAUUGAGUCUUCAGCUUGGAACUAUCGCACUGACGCCGACGUCAACUACGAGCCUUUCACCAGCUGGCCUGAGAAGUACGGUCCUCAUGAGUUUGGCCCUGGUCCUGACAACUUCACUUCCAUCAUCCGCUGGAAUUUGUCUGACGUACUCACUCCUCUCAACUCUGGCGGUAUCUACGUAUCUGGCUACCUUAACCGCUCGAAUGUCACCGUCCAGCCUUUUGCGACCGAAAACAUCGUCUUGGUCUACGACGGCUACUGCGCGUCCACCUGCACGAUUUUCUCAGAGCUAAUGCGUCAACAAGCCGGUGUCAAGACAAUUGCUCUCGGUGGUCGACCUAACUACAACGAAAUCCAAGGUGUUGGUGGUGUCAAGGGUACAAACGACUACCCGUGGUCCUACAUCCUCAGCGCCAUCACCGAAGCCUUCACCUACGCCAAUGGCACCCAUCAGGAAGAACUCAACAAGACUGCUCUAGGCGGUUACUCGCAAUUACCUCUGUACCGCAGUUCCUCUGGUCCUGUCGUAAACUCACGCGAUGGCAUCCGUGAAGGCGAUGUUGAGGAAACACCACUCCAAUUCGUGUAUGAAGCUACAGACUGCAGGAUCUUCUACACUCCUGCUAUGGUUGUGGAUCAAAGUGCUGUUUGGCGUACUGUGGCUGAUACUGUUUGGGGAGGUGGUAAUGCGUGUGUGGCUGGUAGUAAUACUUUCUAUGGCAAUAAGACCAAGAGAGAUGGUGGUGUGAUGAGGAUGCAUGGUAUUCGUAGAGAUGUUGAUGUCGAGGCUGCUUGGAAGGGGUUGAGUGUACAUACUGGAGAGAGUAUUGUGCUUGGUGGUGACUCUAUUAUGCUGCCUUGAUUAAAACAAGUAUCUAGAGUGUGUCUAUCAAUACACAUAUACCGCUGAACUCCAGCACCUGUUACUCCAUCUCGAAUAGUUAUGAAGCCCACUCUAUGCAUGAACGUCCAGAAAAGCGACAGAAAACUCAUACCCGCAAGCAGAAUAAUGCACGAUAAUCCGAUAGCAAGGAUUAAUCACACUUCAUGGUCGCAUUCUAUGCUGGUGAUCCAUGGUGAGGAAAGAGGCCCUCAGUCAGGCUGACGUUCGAGACGUGGUGAAGUCGUGGAAUGCAGACGGUGUUGUGAAGCAAGGCAUGAGGUGUUGAUCCCCAGCAUGAUGCGCAUUGUUGUAUCUCCUCUGUCCAGACGCUUUUGCCAGCGCGCGCAGAAUUUCG